UGCACAUUUAGCACAGGUUUGUCCGCCCUCCCCAGCCCCUGGCCCCGGGGUUCCUGCGGCAAGGACCCCGUGGGCCCGUUCUUCAUCUGCGAAGCUCCUCGCUGCAUUGUCGUGGGCCUCUGUCCUUAAGCCACGGAAGGAGUUCCGAACAGCUCCAGGCACCUUAUCCGUGUCUGCCUCCUCUGGCGAAUGUAAGCGAGGGGACCGUGCGCUCCAGCCGAGCCCGGAGGGUAGCUGUCGUGCGCCGGGGACCCUGCAGCACUGCGCCCACUGCGGCUCCUGGCGCCCCUGCCGGACCUGGGGACUCUGGCCUGACUCCGUCCUUGUAACAAGACAGCGGACCACACGAAUCGGGCCCGUGGCGGCCGCUGUACAACCCUGGGUGGCUGCGGAGACAUUCCCAUUUUUCGGACGAGGACACAAGCUUUACUCCAGUGCCAGCACUCUUGGACGCAGAGGCUCAGGGGUUCAAGCUGCCUGCCCCCCACCACAGUAUUUCUCUGGGGCCCUCCUGGGGCCCAGGUGGAAAGUCUGGCGACAAAGGACCAGGAAGGUUCUCGAUCCAGAGUUCCAGGCCUCUCUCAGGUUCCCAACCCCUGCACGGGUGUGAGGGGCACCUCCCCACGAUGUCCAGUGGGGCCAAGCCGGUACCCGGGCAUGGGGGUCACGGGGGCAGCAGUACCAGGGCUCUCUGAUUGCAGGCUGACAGGGGCAACCGCGCGGGUCCCCAGCCACUGCCCCCACGGUGUCCUGGGGGUUGCCCCGCCCUUUGACCCCCGUGAUGCUGAUUAACGAGGCAGCCAAUAGGUGAGUAGGCGGAACCGCGCCUCUCCGGAGGCCCCCAGAACACAGCUGGGAGCACAGCUCGCCGGAUGGCCAUGCAGCGUCCCGUGAGAGUGAGGACUUGGGUGGCGGAGAACCGGGCCUCCUUCCUGCCCCCCGUGUGCAACAAGCUCCUGCAUCAGGAGCAGCUCAAAGUCAUGUUCAUUGGGGGCCCCAACAACAGGAAGGACUACCACAUCGAGGAGGGCGAGGAGGUGUUUUACCAGCUGGAGGGCGACAUGGUUCUCCGGGUCGUGGAGCGAGGGAAACACCGGGAUGUGGUCAUUCGGCAGGGAGAGAUAUUCCUCCUGCCCGCUGGGAUCCCCCACUCUCCGCAGAGGUUUGCCAACACUGUGGGGCUGGUGAUUGAGCGGAGGCGGCUGAAAACCGAGCUAGAUGGGCUCCGGUACUACAUAGGAGACACCACGGAUGUCCUGUUUGAGAAGUGGUUCUACUGCAGGGACCUCGGCACCCAGCUGGCCCCCAUCAUCCAGGAGUUCUUCAGCUCUGAGCAGCACAGAACAGGAAAGCCCAACCCUGACCAGCUGCUCAAGGAAACGCCGUUUCUGCUGAGCACACGAUCCGUCAUGGAGCCCACGUCCCUGGAGGCCUGGUUGGAUACCCACCGCAGGGAGCUACAGGGGAGCACACCCCUCAGUCUCUUUGGGGACACCUAUGAGACUCAGGUGAUCAUCUAUGGACAAGGCAGCAGCAAAGGCCCUAGACAGGAUGUGGACAUGUGGCUGUGGCAGCUGGAGGGCUCCUCCACAGUGACCGUGGGGGGACAGCGCCUGAGCCUCGCCCCUGAUGCAAGCCUCCUGGUGCCCGCCGGGACUGAGUGUGCCUGGGAGCGAGGGCAAGGCUCCGUGGCCCUGGCUGUGACCCAGGACCCCGCCCGCAAGAAGCCCCUGGGGUGACUGUCUCAAAGCAGCCACAGCGCCACCCCUGCCGAACGACUGCUUUCCCAGCCCCCCAUGCUCCUCCGUGUACUGCUGCUGAGUGACUGAGCGCCCCUGCGGAGCUCUGGAUGUCAUUGUCAUCUACUCUCCUCCGUCCCCCGUCCCCUGUCGCCAGGCUCCAGCGGGGCCAGUUGCUCCCCUUCUCCUCUAACAACUCUCAGCCCUCUGCCCUGAAUGGUUCCACCAGGUGGUCUGUCCCUGAGGCGGGGCUGCCUGUUCAUCCCACUGUCCCCACAGGCUCAGUCCAGCACUUGUCUGCCACCAAGAAGGCCCUCAAUAAAGGCUUCCUGGUGGAUGGG